GAGAAGGACGGAAUUCUGCCUCCAGUAGGAAAAGUGAGGAAGAAGUGAAAUAACUAUGCAGGUUUUAACCGAAAACUUAAAUCAACAAAUAGCCACAGAACUAUUACUAGUACAAAAAUCCACCUGGAUGCCUGAAGGAGAGAGGAAAGAAUGAGCUAUUACGGCAGCAGUUCUCCAAUUGUCAACGUGAACCCCAAAUACCCGGGCUACCCCUCAGGGCACAUCCUAGCUGAGAAGAGAAGAGCCAGAAGACGUCUGCUCCACAAAGAUGGUAGCUGCAAUGUGUACUUCAAGCACAUUUUUGGAGAAUGGGGGAGCUAUGUGGUUGACAUUUUCACUACUCUUGUAGACACCAAGUGGCGCCACAUGUUUGUGAUAUUUUCCUUAUCUUAUAUUCUCUCCUGGUUGAUAUUUGGCUCUAUCUUUUGGCUAAUUGCCUUUCAUCAUGGCGAUCUGUUAAAUGAUCCGGACAUCACGCCUUGUGUUGACAACGUCCAUUCCUUUACAGGGGCGUUUUUAUUCUCCCUUGAGACCCAGACAACCAUAGGUUAUGGUUACCGCUGUGUCACCGAAGAAUGCUCCGUGGCGGUGCUCAUGGUGAUCCUUCAAUCCAUCCUGAGCUGCAUCAUAAACACCUUCAUCAUUGGAGCUGCCUUGGCCAAAAUGGCAACCGCUCGGAAGAGAGCCCAAACCAUUCGGUUUAGCUAUUUUGCCCUCAUAGGCAUGAGAGAUGGGAAGCUUUGCCUCAUGUGGCGCAUAGGUGAUUUCCGGCCAAACCAUGUGGUAGAAGGCACAGUGAGAGCCCAGCUUCUCCGCUACACUGAAGACAGCGAAGGGCGGAUGACGAUGGCAUUCAAAGACCUGAAGUUGGUCAACGACCAGAUCAUCCUUGUCACACCAGUAACUAUUGUUCAUGAAAUUGACCACGAGAGCCCUCUGUAUGCCCUUGACCGAAAAGCAGUGGCCAGAGAUAACUUUGAGAUUUUGGUGACAUUCAUCUAUACUGGUGAUUCCACGGGCACUUCUCACCAAUCCAGAAGUUCCUAUGUUCCCCGAGAAAUUCUCUGGGGCCAUAGGUUUAAUGAUGUCCUGGAAGUUAAGAGAAAGUACUACAGAGUGAACUGCUUACAGUUUGAGGGGAGCGUUGAGGUAUACGCUCCCUUUUGCAGUGCCGAACAACUGGACUGGAAAGACCAGCAGCUCCACAACAUGGACAAAGCACCUCCAGUCCAAGGAUCUGGCACGUCGGACACCAUGGUCAGAAGAAGGUCGUUUAGUGCAGUUGAUAUUGUCAGCAGCUGUGAAAACCCAGAGGAGCCCACCACCUCCACCACGGACGAGUGUAAGGAAGCACCUUAUCAGAAAGCUGUCUUGACUUUAAAUAGAAUCUCUGUAGAAUCCCAAAUGUAGUUCAAAUUGUGAUGACCAGGGUUACCCCGCAAUCAUUUUACUCUGUAGCCAGUCACCUUAAGGCAAGUAGUUCUAAGCAGGGCUUUUAAGGAAUGGGAUAGCGAUGUUCGAUGGUGAUAGGGGAGAAGAAGAGCAGGUUAAAUCAUCUAAAAAUUACAUAGUAUCCAAUUGUGUAAACUUUUAUUUAUUUAUUUUUUUGUGCUAGCAAAUUUGGUAUUAGGGAUACUAUUAAGAGCCUAACUGAUUAAUUUAAAUUUCAUCUCCUUGUCUUAUAUCACACACUUGCAACUUCAAUUGGAGGUGUCAUAUUCAGUGAUGGAGAACAAAGGUAGGAUACUGGUAUAAAUAAAAAUAGGAAGACAGGCAGCCAGCAGGAAUAACAACUUUUUAAAUGUAUCAACAUUGAUAGUAGUUUCCUAGGAAAACAUUAUGUCAUCUAACCAAGAUAUGCAAGAUAUGCAUCCAGUAGAUUAUAACAUUGAGAUAUUUAACUGAAAUCACCUGGCAGGUUUGAUGUCUGCCCCUCAUAGUCUCUUGGUAUCGGCAGAAAGAGGUAGAGACUGUAAGAAAUAGACACCCUGCCACUCGUGCAGGUAAGGAUCAACGAACGCUGGGAGCUGUUUUUUGUUUUUUUUUUUCUAACUCAUAAGGCAGAAGAAAAGUUGACAUUAUUCAGAACAGUAUUUCUCUUUCAAAUGCCCUGGGUUGCCCUGCAGCAAAUGGCUUUAUAUGGAAGAGCAGAAAUAAGGCAACAAUGACAUUUCUAGUUUCUCCAGCAAGGGGGCUUCCUCUGCCCACCCCCAUCUUCUCCAAAGACAACAUGAAGAAAUUGGAUCACAGAGAUGGGAUAGGGAAUAGAUGGCAGUGGGAAACAUUCUCAGACCGUUGGAGAGAAAACCCGUGCUCUGUCCUGAAAGACUGCAGCAGCUUUUGCUGGCUACGUAAGGGA